AUGUCGGCUCCGAUGUCGGCUCCGUCCAUCGUCCCGCGAUGUCCGGAUCGCGUCUCGCGUCGUCCGCAUCGGCCGUGCAUCCGCGUCGGUUUCUCCGUCAAGGGAGAACCCGACACGCCCUCGCGCGAAGAGCUCGGGUGGCGAUGCCCCCCCGGCCUGCCCCCCAAGGCGUGGUCCACCCGGUUCCACGUCCUCGCGGACAUGAUCGCAUCGACCGACGCAUUCGCAUCGUCGUCGUCGUCAUCGAAGGUCGUCGCCGACCUGGGAUGCGGCCACGGCAUGCUCGCGCUGGGUCUCGCCGCGUCCGGGAGGGUGAGCAGGGCCAUCGCCAUCGACGUCUCCCCGGACGAGAUCGAGGUCGCGAACGCCAAGGCGGCGCGGGCGAACGAGGCCGUCGCGGAGUUACUCGGAGCGACGUCGCCGCUGCCCGUCGACGUGCGCCUCGGCGACGGCGCGCGCGCGCUCGUCCCGGAGGACGCCGCGGACGUCGUGUGCGUCGCGGGCGUCGGCGGUCGGACGAUGAUCAAGAUGCUAAAAGCCGCCGGGCUCGACAAACCCAAACCUACCGGCGUUCGCACCGACGGGGGUGCCGACGGGGGUGCCGACGGGGGUGCCGACGCGUGCGCGGGGGUGACCGCGCUGGUGCUGAACCCGCCCGCGACGGACGUUCCAAGUGUUCGCGCGUGGCUCAUCGAGACGAACGCGUGGAUCGUUCGCGACGAGCGACUCGUCGUCGAGAACGAGCAGAUGCACGCGAUGGUCGCGGCGACCAGGCGCGACGUUUCAGAUCUCCUCGAGGCACCGGUCCCGGCGGCGAGCGAUGCGCCGGUUCGGGUCGUGGAACGUGAACCGGCGCACGACGCGGACGACGACGCGCGUUGGGGCGGCGAUGGGAGCUGCGCGGGGGGCGGUGGCGAGUUCGCCGUCGUCGCCGACGUUCACGUGGGCCCCGUCCUUCGGGUCGUCAAACCCAAAAUCCUGGGUCUGUACCUCCGAAACCGGGUGGAGUACUUCGAGAACCGACGCCGCGGCGCGCUGGACGAACUGAGGAGGUGUCAGGAGGCGGAGGCGAGGUCGCCGGCGGUGGAGUGUUCGCUCGCGCUGAGCUCGGAGGAUGAGGACGCGGCGAGUUUUUUGGUCGAGGCGCGCGCUCGGCGGCGGCGGGCGCAGGCGGAGGUGACGCGCCUGUCGAAGAUCGUCGGGGUGAUGUCGACGGUGCUCGGGGAGGUGAACAUGAAGGCGCUGGAGGAGGCCGGGCUCGGCGGGACCCUGGACCUGCCCCAGGCGAGGUAG